CUUGUUCUGAACCUCUUACAGGACGCGCACUGAAUUCUACCUCUGAAAAGCUUCCUGUGUUCAUAUCAUAUGAUGCUGUCUGUUGUAUGGAGUACAGUAAUGAUCAAUCAAACGAUGAGGGGAGAAAGCUGAAGUGUGAGAAGGUGCUUUAAAAUGUCAGGUGAGAUCAGGAACUAACAUGAAACUUGAGUACUUUCCUAACAGCACACUCCACUCCUCUUGUACCACAGCAACUGACUAACAAUUCGCCUACAUUUUUACUUACAACAGAAUGACACAUCUGCAUACUUUUAUUAAUUUACCUAUAGUUAUGUUUACUUUUGAGGAAUGUCCACGGAACAGUUAUAAACAGAGGUUCCCUCACCAGACUCUCUCUCUUGAUGUUAAUCAGACAGAAAUUAACUUCAGAAAAGUUACAGCUUUUCCUCUGACUGUUACAAAGCUCUAUACCAUAUCAAUAAUUACACACAUUUUUAAAAUCUGUUUUCUAAUCAAAUCUAAUCUGACUAAUAAAGUAUAUAAUAUGAAAUUGCAUUCUUUCUGAGGCAACACUGCUGAUUAGGAACUUAAAUGCAGUUUGGAGUGAUAUCAAUUUUAUUUAUUAAUUCAUUAUUGAAUUAAAAACUACACACAAGUAUCAGGACAUAUGUGUAUGAAUUCAUUCAGCAAAUAGUCUCAGUGGUUAAAGAAAGAUGAUAUGAGUAAUUCAGAGAACAGUUUAUGAAUGUGAUAUACAUAAAUGAGACCUUUCAUCCAUCCAAAAUCUCUUAGGAUUUUUUCCAGGUCUCCUGCUGGUUGUUUUAGAUAUUUAAGACUCUAAUGGAUUUAUAUUCAGUUAUUUUUUUUUCUCCACUCCUGUUUUGGGUUUUGUGUUACUUCCAUUUCUGAAUGUCUAUUUAUGUUUUUUUUUUUUUUUUUCGGGUUUAUCAUCCAACCUUCUGUCUGGCUGAGAUUCUCAUUAGUGCGAUAUCUCAAAAACAAGCGGUUGAAUGUUUGUAGGAUAUAGGAUAUAUGGAAUUCUCAUUGUAACCAGAUGAAGUGAUUCGAGUUUGGAAUAGAUCCAAACAGGGUCAAGGUCACACAACAAGGUCUGAAAUAGUUUUUCUUCAAUAGCUUCCUGUUUGAAGUGUAUAUUAAGGGAUACAAAUUAAUUUAAAAAAUAAGGACUAGACUUGUCUCACCAUUGGCAUUGUGUUCUGCUUGUUUUGUUCCUUGAGAUAAAAAUAGCUCAGUAGAUGGAACAAGCUGAAGAUUAAUCAUAAUCUGAACCAGUUCUGUGCACAUUCUCCAUAAUUCUCUACACAGCUGUAUUUUACACAGUUAUACUGCAUAGAGGAGUUUUAUUUUUCAUUUAUGCAUUUAUAAGUAGUUGAUGUUUAAUACAGUUAAAUUGCUUGUUUGCUUUGAAGCAAAGAACUCUAUAAUUUGUUCAAGUUCAAGUCUAACUUCAGAGAUUGAAGUAAAUACACUGCAAAGUCAUUUACCUCGACUGCCUAGUCUUCUGAGAAGGGAAAACUGUUUUUUACACAGCAGCCCUAUUCAUUCAGCUUUAUAUUACAGUUAUUUAAGUAGCUUAGUUUGACUUAAAUAUUCAACGUGCAUUCAAAUGAACUAAGAAAACCUGUUUGACUUCUUUCUUUCUUUCCUCUUUGUAUUCAUAAACAUGUCAUGUCACUGCACUAUUAUCUCUGCUUCACGUUAUUCAUGAUUAUCUGCAUUUGUUUUCUCCAAGCAGCUUAAAUCCAGGGCACAGGUUGUACGCUGAGUCAUGGCUGAAGCGGUAACACCCGAAGAAGUCAUCGCCUGGUUCAUAGAGUACCAGAACAACCACAUCGCGAAGGACGGAGUCAUCCCCAAGUGGUUCCAUGGCAUCAUAUCCAGGAAGCAGGCAGAGGAAAUGCUAAUGAUCAAACCUCCAGGCUACUUCCUGAUUCGUGUCAGUGAGAGCAGAAUAGGAUACACCCUGUCCUACAGAGCUAAGGAUGUCUGCAGACACUUUAUGAUCAACAUGCUUCCAGGAAACCAGUGUGAGAUUGUAGGUGAGAAUCAGCGUCAUUGCUCUCUCCAUGAUCUGGUAGACUUCCACCACAGAACUCCUAUUCGUCCCUACACUGAGCUGCUCACGGUGGCCUGCGAUCAGGCUGGCCAAAAUAUCUCAGAAGACAAGCCUCCUGCCCUGCCAGCACGCCGUAGGGUGUCUCAUCCCCCAAUUCCAAACCAGAGCACCUCAUCAGACAUUUCAAUGAGCCCACUAAGGCUCUAUCCCAGCCUAGAGCAGGAGCUUAGUGCUCUCAACUUGGACAGUGGGAGAUAUCCUUUAAAACCUGCAUCACAGCCCACACCAAAAUUCAUCCCCACGCCGUCAGAGAUUACCACCAGAUGGCAGUCUGCACAGACUGAAACCACCACUGGAGGAGCGCAAUCUACAGGUUUACCAACAGCUUGCAACCAGAAAAUACCUGAAGACAAAGUACCUCAAAAGAGUAAGGUGCAGUCGAAGCACAAUCGCAUAAACCUGAUUCAAUGCAGGAAGAUCUUCAAGAAGAAGAAGAACCAUUCGGAGGAGCACACGUACAUGGAAAUCAAUGAAGCUAAAGUCACAACUGAACCUGCAGCAUUGCAGAUAGCUUCAAACAUGGACCACCAAGAGGUGGAUGGUGUUUCUGGUACAUUACCACUGGAAUACCUAAAUCCACCUCCGUUUGCUCCUGGCUACUGAAACAUGAGUUUCAAAAGACCAAAUUAAUACCAAAUUUAAAAGAAGUUUAAGGUUUCAUCACAGACAUUUCUGUAGAAUUGACUAUAUUUUAUUGUUUUGCCACACUCCCAGAAUGCUGUAUACAUCUGCAAUAAUUUUCAUUCACACUGUUGUUGAAUUCUCAAAUCUGAUUGGUCAGAAGGUGUUUAAUCUUCUAUAACAGCACCUCUGACAACUGCAAAUUACAGGUUUAUAUUAAUGCCCUUUUUCUAACACAUUAUUGUUUCUAUAGUAACAACUUACACAGGGACACUUGUAUAGUGGAUGGUCCAUGGAUUCUAUGUCUAAUAGUAAAAGGAUUACAAUUAUGUUGUACAUUUAUUUUUUUAUUUAACAAAGAAAAAUGGAUAAUGGUUGAUAUGGUGAAGUUUUCUGUAUGGACAUGUUAAUAAAACAUUAAUGAAAGGAG